AUGAGAUUUUUAGGUUUUAGAUUCAGUUUCGGAUGUCUAUUUCCGGCUGCGACGACCGUGUGCUGCGCAAUAUGCACGGAACCCGUCCCAUCAGCCUCAAGCUUCAAGGCAACAGCGCUGUGCAAGCACUCCUUCUGCAGAAGCUGCCUGUCCUCGUACAUCACCACGAGCAUCGGUGAUGGAGUUGUGAACGUGUUGUGCCCCGGUUUGCAUUGCCGAGCCAGGCUCGACCCCCAUCGGUGCAAGGAGCUCGUCAUGACUGAGUCCUUCCUUGCAUGGUGCGACCUUCUGUGCGAGUCGUACGUUCUAGGUCUCGCGAGGUGUUACCGCCCGAACUUGAACUGCGGCGAGGUCAUCGUGAAUGAGUGUGGAAGGAAAGGCAAUGUCAAGAGAUUCGAGUGUCCUCGAUGCCAUCGAAGCGGUUGUUUCCAGUGUGGUGCGGUGUGGACCUCCGGUCAUCAAUGUGGAAGUAGGCAGGAUGGGGAUCUUAGACUCUUGAAGAUGCUGAUCAAGAUAUCAUUUGGGCUGAUUGACAUCCUGAUUGAUAUGGUCGAAGAUAUUGUUUGGGCCGAUUGA